GAACCAGCUCCGUCGCCGCAAAGAUCUUUCUAGACACGAGCCGUUGCCCCAGUCUCCGCCUCUGUCUCAGCUGAAGAUUUCAGAUUAGUGGAAAAUGAAGAAAGGGUUGCACCCUCAGAUGCAAUGGAUAUCCUAUGUUACUCAGAGCGGCAGGCUGAUGCAUGUUAUGAUGACUAGAAUACACUCUGUUGGUAAAGUUUACCACUUGAGGGCAAGACGCCAGAUGGCUCAAAGUGUGGGACAGAUAGCCAAGUUUAAGCGUCGCUAUGAGCAGAAGAAUGAGGAGAAUGAAGAGAAGUGAUUUUUUGAGAUGCAAAGAGAAGCAAGGUUUCAUAUGGAGUACACAACUUAAUAAAGGUUUGUUUCACAUCCAAUGAGGAGCGGACUCUCUCCGACAAAUUUUGAAGUCAAGCCUGAUAUGAGGAGAAAAACCUACUUUCAAGCUGUAGUCUCAUAUUCUAGAACAUUGUUCUUAACUGAAGAUGUGUUUUUUAGAAAUUAUGUUAUUUGGUUUAAAGUCAUUUUAGCUAGCAAAUUUGAAUGGUAUGGUUUGUGCAAGUACAUGACUUCAAAUACAAAAGAGCUAAAAGCUUAUGAGGAUUAACUGUUCACCCA